AUACAAACUGAAAACCUCACCGAAAAGUUAGUUACAAAACUCAAAUCAAAAUUCUCGUUAAUCCUGGGUUAGAUUAAUCGGGCUUAUCAGCCUCUUUAGGAAACUUGAGCUUAAGACUACUAAUAAGGGUUUAAUUAAUACGGGUUAAUAAUAUCACGAUAAAAUUUGAUAUGCGUUAUUAAUAAGCAGGAUACAGCGUCCCAAAGGCACUGUAUCUUAAUAUUAAGCGGUAAUACGUUAUUUUUUAGUUCUAUUCUCGCGUGGCGGAGAAAAGUUAUUAGACGUCAAAAUAAAAAUUAGAAAAAAGAAAGAUUUAACCGAUGUUAUCUUUAUGCAAUUGACAUUUUAACAAACGUAUUCGCAUUGAACCUCAACAAAAUUUACAAUUUAAGCAGAAAAUUACGUUGACAAAAACCGAACUAUAAUUCAUGGGAAAUUUGUGAUCGUUUACCUGUCAAUCAUUGGUCCUUUUGUGAUGUUGUUAGACGAAAGUUACUCUGAAAGACAAAUUAACUAGAGCCUGUAUAUAUUUCCGGUCUCGGUGUGGUACAUCUUAUCUGGUUUUAACUAUCGUAUUUUGUCUGGGUAAACGACAUAAUUAUUUAGGAAGUGAAAAGUGAAGUUACUAACGGAGAUGUAAUUAUAUGAAGCAAACCACGGUGUAAAUAGUCUUUAGGGUUUAAAAACUGGUAUCGAUUUCGGCAAAAACUUUGCAAAUUGUAAAAUUCUACUGAAGCAAGCAGAGGCAAGUAUUUUUUAACUGCCUUUGUCGAAAAAAAAUGUAGAAUGUAGCUCGAUGUUCUGUUACGGGGAAAAUUGGCAAAUUAUACUGAAAUGCGUAUGAUAUUUUUUUCUAAUUUGCGUUAUACGUACUUCGCGAAGAGUAGCUUUAUAGAGAGUCUGGAACCAUAUUGCCUGCCGCGUACCUUAAAAAACUGCUAAACGUAUAAUUAGGAUUUUGUCUUGAAACUAUAACAAAAAAGCCUCCGCUGUUGGAGCAAAUUACGUUUAACUUAAUCGUAGUGUCAACUUAAAAUUUGUUAAAAGAAAAUAAAUGUUAGAGUAUUUCUUCAACCUUGUGACGUCACGGGAUCCAAAAUGGCCGCGCGCUGGAGAGUUAAAAUCCAAAAUGGCGGAUAUUCAUAUCCAAUUCUCUAAAGUACUCGAAUACCUUUCCUGUUUUCAAGUUUUCUGUAGUAAACUUUCAUUAAGAUUAUACCUGCAUCAAUUUAACGACAACAAAGAGUCUCUAAAUUUCAAAAUGCGGACUGUUUUAUUAUCGAUCAGCAAAUUUAGAUCUAUGCGUUAACGCUUCGCAAGGUGAAAAAAUUUCAAAGAAAACCAUCAACUGGAGGAAUCACAUGUAAUAUCCUCAAUACUGUUUGAUAUUUAAACUGAAAUGUUAUUAGCAAUAAGCAAGGGAGACUUAAAGAUUAAGAGUUAAGGGUUCGUUGAAAGAGUCUGUUGUAGAUAUCACGAAAUUCUUUGCUUAUACUGAAACGCCUUUUGUUAGUUUAAGUAAGAAUGACGCCUUUUCCUAUAACGUAAAAUCUUUGCAAAACUGCGGUUGAAGCUUAGUUCAAAAUCGAAAAAAAAAAGAGAUUUCUUUCGAGUCGAAAGCAAUUAACUUACGCCCAUAGAUAAUGUUUGUUCGUAACAUAGCGGAGAUUUUAUUAGUAAGUUCAAGUUUCAUGUCCGUUUUAACCUUUUUCAGCUUAGAAAUAAAAGAGGUAAGAAACUUGCUUGACCUAGGGUGACUAUGACCUGGUGUGACUAUGACAUGGCGUGACCAUUACAUGGCAUGACCUUUUAGCUACUUUGAAAUGUGAUUGGGAAUUUUUGCACUUUGUGCAAAAAUUUAAAUGGAGAGCUAGCUUCCCCUCAAAUUGUUAAUACAAAGUCAAGCGUUUAAGUCAUGGGAAUAUAGUAGUUAAUCACUUAGGGGAAAUUCAAGAAAAUACAGUGCAAGUGUAAACCGGAAGUAAAGAGCAAACUCCGCGCACGGAUGUUACAAAUCUCGCGAUAUAACGCGGGAGUGGGAUAUAACGAAUCUCGCAAUUUUAGUAAGAGGGUCUGGAUUGGACAGCUACAUGGUAUCUCAGUUGCCAGUCAAAUCUUGACGAUUUUUCAGCUAACAAUUAAAAUUGCAGCCCAUUUUUAAAAUAUCGGUAACUACAGCUCCCAGAUUUCAGCGAUAAGUUAUGGUAAAAGUUUUGACCAAUUCUCGGCUAUUUCGCUAAAACCGACAUAAUUUCAUUAAUUCUCUUUCAAUCCAACAAAUGAGCUUGCUCGUUUACAUCUGGUUUCCACUAUUUGAUGCAAUUCUCUUUGUUAAUACUAAAAGAAAUGUGCCGAGGUAAGUUUGUGUGUUGGCAUCACGGGUUCGAGUGUUGACUAAGGCAAUGCUUGCCGUGGGAUCUGUAAGGCGGAUUAAACUUCUGUACAGCUUCAAACUACCAUAAUAAAGGUGCUGUUUAUUGGUGCGAAGUGUAUUUCUCGUUUCUUCUUUCAAAGACUACGCUGGCUAAUUCAGUAUUUUUUGGUGUCGGGAAUCCUUUCGAAGUAAAGAGAUAUCAGAUAAGGGGUAGGUUUAAUCCAGUGUGCAAAAUCGUGCAUGUCUGGUGCCCACACCAAAAAUUGCUACAGACUUCAAAUUAGAAUUUACUUCAACACUGCACCACACAAAUUCAACUGACUGUGUGCACCAUCUGCUACAUUAAGCGUAAUGGUUUGGCAUAACUAUCAGCCAUUUUCUUACUUUCUGGCUCUCUACUUAUUUUUUCUCCUCUGAGAAACCGAGAGUGCUAAAGAACUAUUCGCUACAAACUAGCACAAAUUUUUUUCUCAACCAAUCGGAAGUAAAACAGAAACUAAUCCUGACUUGUCCGCACACGUUUUCCCGCGCUUUGCAUUAGCUUCAUGGAUUUACUCCGAAUUUUGAUUGAUUCGCUAGAUUGUCUGUGUCUUUUGUGAUUGGCUUAAGUGAUUACUUUCGUUUUGGUUUUACGACAGUCAAAUGAAAACCGCUUUAUAAACCAAAAGCUUGGAAUAUCAGAAGGUCCGCGAGAGAACUGGAUUGUCCAGAUCGAUUGAGUCUGUUGAAUCUGCACAAAGUAUAGUCGGCUUAUUUGCACACGAAAGGGCAGCAUCCAAUUAUUUUCCAGUAUGGAAGAACUUUCUCAGAUAUUUGUUCUAACUAAUAUGAGAAUGCGAUUGAUGUGAAGACUGAAGACUGCUCUUAGUGUUUGCAUUUUAAAAAGGUUCCUUUCUAUAAUCUUGUGAUUCCCUAAACAAUCCCUUUUAGGAUUCCUUGCGUUUUAAAAUUGCCAUGUUAAUCUCGUCAUUUUUUUUUUUUCUUUUUUUCUUUUUUUUUGCAUUUCUUAUUUUUUUUCCACUGUUCCACUCUGUUUCUUGUUUACAAUUAACCGGCUUAACCAUUGUCUUACUCAAUGGCUUAAUCUUCAAAGCGAGAUUGAGAAGUAUUGAAGGCGCAACAUUUCAAAGUCUUUGCCAAACACCGACGUUCUAAGUUAAUUUCCCUCGAGGCAAUUAAAGAACAUUUUUAUUAUUACUUUUCACAGGUUUUUAGAAAACAAACAAAAAGACCGCGAUUUGACGGGUCAUUAAGUUCUGAAUGGGGCAAAACCCAAGGUAGUUCGCAUUAAGUUUGCCUUUGUUGUUAUCAAUAAAAUUGGCAUUGUUUUCACGGAAAAACGGAGACAAAAUAUUCCGACAAGUAUUUCAAUGACGAAAUAUUUCUCUUCCUGACACGGCCCAAAGUUAUAACCGGAAUUUUGGCAUCAUGAAUUCACUUGAAGUGUCCAACAUGGCGGACGCACUACAGAGCUUGCCAGGGAAAAGUAAAGUUCGAAAAACAAGCCUUUCGCUCGCUUCUACUCGGAGCUUUCUCGUCAAGAAGCCACCACAAGCUCCUCUAAACCAACUACAAGGGUAUGAAAGCGUUAGUGUUAGACUUAAGAGUGGAAGUUCGAUUCGAGAAGAUGAAUUCUUAGAGGAGUCGGAGCAAAGUGGUCAAGCGGACAAGAUUACUUUGGAAAACACGUACCGUGUAGGGCCAGACCCGCAGAAAAAAUUCUCAACCGCUGCUGUUAAAAGAAUCGCCGAGGAAAUCUUGGUCAGGAGACUCGCCGAUGUAAGCUACGAGCCGAAGGUGUGCCGAGAUCUAACCCUGCAAAUCUCCGACGAGGUCAAGUCCCAGGUGAAACUGCUCGGCUUCGAUCGAUACAAGAUCGUGUGCAUCACGCAUAUUGGUCCGAAGAUGGGGCAGGCGAUUCGGAUCGGAAGCAUGUGCUGCUGGGAUGAGAAAGCGGAUAACUUUGCGGAAUGUAGUUUUAUAAACAGUUCACUGUUUGCCGUCGCUUUGGUAUUCGGAGUAUAUCAAGAAUAAAUAGGUUUACGAUACAUAAAAUUACAUAAAA